AUGCCAGUCCCCAUGCAAGUAGCCUACAAGCCCGUCUCUAAGCCAGAGGUGGGCGUGAACAAUUAUCAAGGCUUCACACCCGGCAGGACGGAAGUCAUCCGCAAAGGCGAAAAGCCGCAUAAUGCCCGCCCUCUUGAAUCAGACAUUCAGAUCGAUCACGAUGUCGAGAUAGUAGUCAGAGAUGGCUGCCGUCUCUACGUCGACAUCUACAGGCCUGCCGAUGUUCCAAAAGACGAAAAGCUACCGGCGGUAGUAAGCUGGUCGUGUUACGGGAAGAAAUACUCUGCUCUUCACAUGCUACCAAUCUGCAUUUGGAAUUGCUGUGUGCCAAAUGAAGCGCUCAGUGGAUUGGAGAAGUUUGAGGGACUUGACCCAGUUGUGUGGUGUCCGCGUGGCUACGCGAUUAUAUCGGUUGACUCUCGCGGUACGGGCAACAGCGAUGGAUCCAUACCAAUCAUGGGAUCUCAAGAUGCAGAAGAUUGCUACGACGUCAUCGAAUCCAUCGCGGCGAUGCCAUGGAGCAACGGAAAAGUAGGAAUGGCGGGCAACAGUGCUUUGGCCAUUAUCCAGUGGCACGUUGCAUCUCUGCGUCCGCCCCAUCUCGCCGCUAUCGCACCUUGGGAGGGAUCCGGCGACAUCUACCGCGAACAAUUCUGCCGAGGUGGCGUCUUCACAAUGUCGAACUUCGACCUCAUCACCCACUUCAUCAUCAAAACAAACAACCCUGGCGGUGGCAUCGAGGACUUUGCUGAGAUGUACCGACGAUCACCCGUCUCGAACGCGUAUUGGAGCGAUAAGCGGCCUGAUAUGACGAAGAUCGAAGUACCCGUAUUCAUCAGCGGAAGUGACUUCUCUAGUAUACAUACCAUGGGGGCUGUAAGAGGAUGGCUCGAGGUGCCUCAUAACAAGAAGUGGAUCCGAUGGAGCUCACACCAGGAAUGGUUCGAAUUAUACUGCGACCCUCAUGCUGACAAGGAACUGCAUAAAUACUUUGACAAGUAUCUCCGGGGUGUUGACAACGACUGGGAGAAGAUGGCGAGAGUGCGAUGGUCAGCGCUCCAGUUUGGUGACCGAGAAGCCAUUGAUGGCAUCGAAUUCUCGGACUUCCCUAUACCGGAGACGCAAUACAAGGAGUUCUACCUAUCCGGCGCUGGUCUGGCUGAGCAGACUCCUUCCAAGACAGAGAUCGUCAGCUACAACUCGGAAGACUCGAAAUCAAUCGCUGAAUUUACGUAUAAGUUCACACAAAAGUCGCGGUUGAUUGGUCUGCCGAAGGCUGUUCUGUACAUGUCAGCACCUUCUCAUGACGACAUGAAUGUGUUCGUCAUCCUUCGCAAGCGAGACAAGGACGGAAAGCUACUUAUGCAUCUCUGCUUCCCUUUCUCAGCGAUACCUUCAACUUACAAGAGCAUCGAGGAUAUCCCCGAGAAGGAGCGAGCAAGCUUGAACUUGCACCUGGGUAGUGUAGGGGUGUUGCGUGCCAGCCAUCGUGCAUUCGACCCAGCGCGAAGCAUCCAUGAACAGUUUCCAUUCCACCCGCACGAUAGAGAGGAGAAGAUGACUCCCGGAGAGGUCGUUAAGCUGGAGAUAGGCAUUUGGUCGAUGGGUGUGGAUUUUGACGAAGGCGAGUCUUUGAGCGUUCAAGUUUCUGGAACUUUUCCCAGUAUCGCGGAGUACACGGCUUUCUCGCAACCGCGACCAGAUCAUGAGAAGAACAAAGGAGAACAUAGAAUACAUGUCGGAUCAGAGACGCCAAGCAGGGUUAUACUGCCUUUUGUCCCUUUGUAG